AUGGAAAUAAUCUUGUGUAGUUGUGUGUACCUUGAUGAAAACACAGUAAGGUCUGCUUGUGUUGAAAUUGAGGUUGUAUUUGACCUGCAGAUGGUCAAGAUUGACGGAGUUGAGAUCAAUGCUUCAAAUGGAGGCUACCUAAUUGACCCAUUCAGUGAUGGAAGUAUUGAGGACCGUUGUCGCCUUGCCCUGGAAAUAGUAGAAGCAGUUGUCAAAGAAAUUGGAGCUGAUAAAGUUGGAAUAAAACUAUCUCCUUUUUCAGAUUGUGAUGGCAAAAAGGACUCAAAUCCAGAUGCAGUAGCAAUUUACAUGGCGAAUGAACUAAGCAAACUCGGUAUUCUUUAUCUUCAUGCGACUGAGCCAAGAGAAGCAGCUAAAGGUCUUCUUCCCAUUAGGAAGGCUUUUAAGGGGACACUUAUUGCUACUGGUGGUUAUAAUAAAUUUGAUGGAGAAAAUGCCAUAGAUGAGAGUUAUGCAGAUUUGAUCUCAUUUGGACGUAUGUUCUUGGCUAAUCCAGAUUUACCUAAGCGUUUCGAGGUUAAUGCUCCACUUAACAAGUAUAAUAGGUGCACUUUCUACACUAAUGAUCCAGUUAUUGGCUACACUGAUUAUCCAUCUCUUGAAGUUGCUUCCUAAUUAUUCAUAUUGGUAACGCAAAAAGGAUCACAGAGGAGUUGUGGCUACUAAGUACUACUUGAUUAAAGCAUUAUGUAAUUGAUAAAUGAAUUGGCAUGGUUAUGGGAAAUGACGUGUUGGUGUUGUGUUUAUCUUUGCUGUAAGCAUUCUGUUGUGGAGUAAAUAAGUUCACAUGGUUAUGGAAAGAAUCAUGUGUAGUUGUGUGUACCUUGAUGAAAACACAGUUAUGGUCUGCUUGUGUUGAAACUGAGGUUGUAUUUGUAAGUUUGACUUUUAAGAGUUCAAUAAAUCUUUCCUUGUUUAGCACUA